UCCCACCCGUCUCUCCCAACCCAGCGGCUCGGCGCACGCAUCCCACGCCUUCCCCCCAGAAAUGGCCAAGCCGCCGCCGGCGGAGGAGGAGACUGCGGCGCUAAGAAGACGGCUGCGGAGACUCGUGGCCACCAUCACCGCCGGUGGUGCCGGCGCUGAGGCCUUCGACGAGGCGGCCACGGCGCUCUCAGAACUACGGGAGGCGCAUGUCGGCGGGAGCCGAAAGGGUGCCCGCGGAGAGGAGACUCGAUCCGCGAAAGAGGCGGAGUCCGUGCCGGCGCAGUUCUUGUGCCCGAUCUCGUCCAAGAUCAUGAGGGAUCCCGUCGUCGUCGAGUCUGGGCAGACCUACGACCGUCGUUUUAUUGCAGACUGGUUCAGUGCGGGGAACCAGAUGUGCCCGCAGACCCAGCAAGUGCUCUUAAACACAACUCUCAUUCCUAACCUCCUCAUUCGGAGCCUGAUAGCAGAGUGGUGCACAGAGAAUGGGUUUGCCCUUUCACCAAUUGAGAACCAGGAGGAAGAUCCUAUUUGCAACAGUGAGCAGAGAACAUUUGAUGAAAUAUUUAACAAGAUAACUUCAUCAUCCAACAGUACUGAACGGAAGCAAGCAAUUAAGGGUCUUCGGCUACUUACCAAGCGUAGCAGUGAAUUUAGAGCUGUUUUAGAAGAGAGGCCAGAUUCCAUAUCACAAAUGACCUUUGCACGGUUUUCUAACCCAGGGUUACAAAAUGAUCCACAAGUAGUGGAGGACAUGGUAACUAUAAUUCUCAACUUUUCACUACAUGAUAGUAAUAAGAAAAUCAUUGGAGAUGACCCAGAAGCAAUUCCGUUUCUCAUAUGGGCACUAAAAUCAGGAGACAUGGGGAGCCGCAGCAAUUCUGCAGCUGCCAUCUUCACUCUGUCUGCUCUUGACUCCAACAAGGAGAAGAUUGGUGAGUUAGGGGCAAUUGAACCUUUGAUUGAUCUUCUUGAACAUGGCAGCAUCAUAGCAAAGAAAGAUGCGGCAUCAGCUAUUUUCAAUCUUUGUAUGCUCCAUGAGAACAGAUCAAUAGCUACCAGGAGUGGGAUCGUCGAUGUUGCAAUCAGAGCCAUCGGAGAUCAGUCUCUUGUUGAGGAAUUCUUGGCUAUACUUGCUUUAUUGUCAAGCAACUAUGACAUGGUAGAGCUCAUGAUAGAGUUUGGUGGUGCCAGUUGUAUGCUCCAAGCAAUGAGGGAGAGCGAGUGCAAGCGCAGCAAAGAAAACGCGGCUGUAAUCCUCUUCUCAAUCUGCAUGUACAACAGGACAAAGCUGAAGGAGAUCGAGGCAGAUGAGAAUGCAAAUGGCUCACUGGCUUCUCUUGCACAGAAUGGGACUCCAAGAGCAAGGAGGAAGGCUACCGCCAUCCUGGAGAUGAUGAAGAAAACAAAAACCAUUCAUAUGCACAACAGGCAUAGUUCUUGUUAGGAUCGGCAACAGAGAUGUAGCUGGAGGAACAAGGAGGAUGUUCAGUUGGUGUACAUAUUGAGAUACAUACAGAGCCAUCUUCCUUUUCAGUAUAUAGGCAUUGUGUAUAUGCAAAGCUAGUGCUAAAGGGUUUUCUCACUGCAACAGGCAGCUCUUAUCCAUUUGAUAAAUGCAGCGAAGUGAACUUUCCCCA